AUGUCUUUCCUCAUGACGACUACCGUUGUGCUCGCGCUUCUCUUUGAGACCUGCCUCCCUGAUACAGAUGAGGUUGCCCUCCUGCGAAUAUUCUUGUUCGCAUUGGGAAACUGCACCAAUAUCUAUCUGUUUCAGAGACUCUGGCAAACAAUCAUGGAAGCGAAGGAGCAGUUCGGGAACUUCACAUGGCAGAAGGUCACGUGCCGCUGCUGUUCCAUAAACCACCGCGACCCAAAGGGGAAUGUCAUUCCUUGCGACAGGGAAAUUCUGGAAGGAUGCGUCGUCCAGUGGUACGGCUCUGUGAAGCAGCUCGAGCUGAGCGUCCGCACCGACGUGCGUGAUGUUUUCAUGGCGCAGGUGACCCGCUUCCCCCUGGGGUAUCAAUGGCUGGCUUCACUUCUGUACAACCAGAAGCUAGAGUUGAUGAUCCACUUGGAGCUUGGCUGCCCCUACGCAGCAGACGCCCUGGAGAAGGUGCGGGCGCCGGUGUACAGGCUGGACAAGUUCUUCAAGAUCCUCUUGGAGCUCUGGUUCAGGGGAUGGCGCCUAUUUGUGUGGGUCUACUUGAUGCAGCAGAAGCAUGUGAUGUUCCAGAACAACAUCGAGAUUCUCCAGAACAAGAGGGAUGUUGAGUUGGCCAUUGGGGACCUCGAGGACCGUGCAGCCAGACUACGUGAUUUACUUGAGGAGGAGGAAAUCAUGUGUGAAGAGUAUCGAAGAAUGGGUCAGGUUGCACGGGACACCCUUGGUGAUGCUCGAGCUCAGGUUUGUGAGUUCCUGGAAGGAGUCCAUGAGGAGCUUGUUGGGUUGGAACGCCAACGAACUACGGCGUGCUUGAGGGCGGCUCGGGCAACUUCUACGACUACGUCUUCCGACCAGAUUGACUACGAAGAGAUGUUGAACAGCAUGGAGGGUGACCUCAAGAUUGUUCAUACGGUCCCGAUUGAACAGGUGAAGCGCAACCUUUCAAGGUGGGUGGAUGCUAUUCGUAAAGAAGUGACCGCGUUGCUCGAGUCCGGGACCCUCAGGCGCAUUAGCUUAUCUGAAGCCAAACAGCUCGAGAAGGAUUCCAAGGUGAUGUUCGCGCCUGCGAAGUGCGUGUUCACGCUUAAACCGCCGCAGGAGGCGGGCAAGCGAACUUCCACUGACGCACUACGCUUGUCGUUGGUUAUAGCGGCCCUGAGAUGCUGGCUGGGAGCUGUCAGUGAUAUUACUGGAGCUUUUCUACUAGCCAGUUGGCCGCCCGACCUCCCCAAGUACGGCAUCUAUCCGCCUAGAGUGGUCAAG